UGAAAGUUGAAAGUCAAGUGACACUACUGCUCCUCCAAAGUCCUAGUCAUGGCGGUCCAGGUAGGACGCAGAGCCCUGUUUCAAGCCGCCCGCGUGCAGGCAACGGGUCGAGAGAGUGCGCGCAGCCUCUCCUGCUCGAGACAGUAUGUCGGUUUCGGUAAAGUCUCGCCUUCCUCUCGCCUUAACGGUUACGGAGCGCGACAUUACAGCUCGGACCCGAAGGAGGACCUGCAAGUCAGACACCUGGACGGAGAAGACGCCGGUAUUGUCGUUGUUGGGAUAAAUCGACCAAAAGCAAAAAAUUCCAUCAGCAAAAAUCUGGUCAAAAUGAUGUGUGAAGCUGUGGAGGAUAUCAAGAAUAAUAACAAAGUGCGCAGUGUCAUUAUAUGCAGCUUGGUUCCAGGGAUCUUCUGUGCAGGGGCCGACCUGAAGGAGAGGGCCAAGAUGCAUCAGAGUGAAGUGGGACCAUUUGUGUCCAAAGCCAGAGCACUCAUCACAGAGCUGGGUAACCUACCGGUACCAACAAUUGCUGCGAUCGAUGGAGCUGCCUUAGGAGGAGGCUUGGAAAUGGCCCUUGCUUGUGACAUCAGAAUUACCUCCAAUACUGCGAAAAUGGGACUAGUUGAGACCAAACUUGCGAUUAUUCCUGGAGCAGGUGGUACACAGCGCCUCCCCAGGGUGAUUAGUGUCUCUCUUGCUAAGGAGCUCAUCUUUGCUGCCCGGGUGGUGGAUGGAACGGAGGCGUGUCGCCUUGGUCUUGCCAAUCAUUCAGUGGAGCAGAAUGAGAGCGGAGAUGCUGCCUACCUGCGGGCUCUGGAGCUCGCUCGCGAGAUCAACCCUCAGGGUCCAAUUGCAAUAAGGAUGGCAAAACUGGCUAUCAACCAGGGGAUAGAGGUGGAUUUAUCUACAGGUCUGGCAAUAGAAGAAGCGUGUUAUGCCCAGGUGAUACCAACAAAAGAUCGAUUGGAAGGUUUGUCUGCCUUCAAGGAUAAGAGGCGUCCUCACUUCAAGGGGGAGUGAAGCCACACUUCUUCCAGAAACCAAACACAGGGUUCUGCCUUCAGCUCUCCUGCUACUCACUGCUUCCAAUAUAUAUAUGGGUGAAAACCCAUACAGUACCCAGAGGACGUCUGUUUGACCGCAGGAUAUUAGGGUCGCUCCCGGAUGGUGUUUUUCCAGUGACUGGAAUGUUCAGGUGUAAAGCACUUGCUGGGUAUAAUAACCACCUCCAAGCAAACUAACCAGUCAUUGUCCACUGGUUACAAUACUUAAAACUUACUUAACAAACUUCAAAUCUAAAACAUGACUUACUUCAAAUGGUUAUUGCUCUUUGCAGUAUGAUUGGCAGUUAGUUACUAACCCUCUUGACUAAUGAACUGAGAGCCAUACACAUUUCUGUGAAUGCUUUACAUGAAUGAUUCAUGAGAAGGUUUGUUGCCUUUUUACUUUGGUAGCAAUGUACCACUGUGUUCACACUGAAUAACACCAGCGGUGUCUGCAUGAAAUAAAAAAUAAAAAAAAAA